AUGGAGGGAGAGCAGGAGGAGAAACCGGACAAAUGCGAGGUUGGCGGAAACGGAGGGGAGUCCAGCGGAGAGGGUGCACCAGAUGAAAAACAAGAUGCAGGCCGGCUAAAAGGCGACGCAAAUGGGGAAGAUGAUUCGCAGAAGGCGAAGAGUCUUCAGAGAGAAAGCGCUCCGGCGAGACGAGACGCGAAGGACUCCCCGCCCGUUGGCAGCGCGGCUAAGCACGCGAGUCCCCAGUCUUCUUCAAAGGUUCCUGUCACGCUCGGUCCGAGUGUGCUCUGGGAUAAAGACGUCGAGGACGCAUUUGUCGCAGCUUGCCUCAAAGUUCUCAACUACAGCACAAGAAAGGACUUGGAAAGACGCACUCGAUCUGGGACCGGUACGGAGGACAAGGGCCGCCACGACGGCUGCUGUCCGCCUGUGACCGCCUCCGGGUCGGCGCAACCCUGCAAGCACUUGCACGGCUCUUCCCAUUCUGCCUGCUCGUCUGCCCGCGCCUCCUCUUCCUCGUCGAGUGCGGCGACUGAGGGUGCGACGGCCUGCUGCACGGGGUCUCCUCCCCACGGCCGCUGCAAGGCGAAGGCGGCGUCCCCCGAUGCGCCAUCGCAGGCUGUCGAGAAACCUGCCGAGGCGCGGGAAGAAAGCGCCGAGUCGCCCGCGGCGUCCUACCGCGGCGUGCCACUUCCGCCGGUCUACCGCUUCCAGAAGGACGCAGACGAUCACCUUGGCGCCCUCCUCGAUGAAUGGACUGGCGAGGAGAAGCUGCGCCAAAUCGCCGCCGAAGUCACAGAGCGCGCCGCUCUCGUCUACGACAACGUGCGCGCCAAAGGCGAAGCAGAGGGCCUUGAGCUGGGAGUUCCGGAAGAGAAGCAGCUACGGCAGGACGUACUGAAGGAAGCACUCGUGCGCGAAAUCCACGCGCGGAUUAACUCCGAGCUCCGCCGCGAGCGGCUUCGCGACUGCCGCGAAGGCGGUCUGCUGGCGAAUCCAAACGGAUACCGGGACGGGCCGCUGAGCUACUUGGCGAAUGAUACCAUCCGCGACCUCAUGAAGGAGGGCGUCGCUGUGCAGCGCGGCUUCCUCGGCGAAGCAAUGCGGAAGAAAAUCUGGAAUGAAAUCGAGCUGUUGGAGUACGACGGGCGCUUCAACGAGGUGUUUUCGCAAACUCUGCAUGACUUGCGUAAGGACUACAUGUGCUGGAUGAGCUCGUCAGACCUGGACAGAGAAAACCAGCAGGGCCUCUGGCAGCUUUUCAAGGCGAUGCAGGCGCUGCCUUUUGAGUUGAAUAAAAAGGCCUCGCUCUGUCUGCAGGUUUCGUGGGUGUUCCAAAUGGCGAUGUUCCGCGCGGACGGCGCGUACUACAAGAAGCACAUCGACGCGGGCUACGACCCCGCACUCGACAACGGGCGCAAAGUGACUGCGAUCUACUACCCCAACGCCCCUGACUGGAAGGAGAAAGACGGCGGCGCUCUGCGCGUGUACCCGCGGCGGCGGAAGGAGCAGCAGCUCAGCGAAGGGUCGGCGGCGGGCUCCGGCGAGGCGAAGGCCGUCCGCGACAUCGCGCCGGCUGGCGACGUCCUCGUGCUCUUGAGGAGCCGCGAUAUGCCCCACGAGGUCCUCCCGUGCCACAGGAAGCGCUUCGCGAUCACUCUCUGGAUGACCGGCCCCGCGGGCCCGGGCGACGACGUCUAG